AGAAAAGAGGCCACGGGCGCGUGAACCCUGUGAACCCUUCCGGUUGUGGGUGGAGGAGUGUGGGGAAGGGAUGACGGUGGCGUACAGUUCCUUCAACUGAAAUGGAGCCCUUACAGGUAGAUUCCAGAAUAUUGUCUCUCGCUGCUGAGGUUACUGAAAGCCCUGAUCAGGAUGUUCCUGUAUUGCUGCUGAAGAUAAAAGGUAUUUUAACUAGCAUACCUCCUGGAAGUAAAGAAUCACAGAAAAUUAAACAGGACUUAUACUAUUAUGACUUGGUUCAAUAUUGCCUGUUGGUCCUUAAGCAAGACUACACGAGGGUCCUCGGAGGCUGGGCUACCGCUGUCCACAUAGCAGAGAUACUGAGCCUGUGUUGUGUGGGCCUUGAGGUGAAAGAGGAACCUGAAGAAUUUUACAAUAAGUUACUUCCUUCUGCUGUGGACAACCUCCUCUUCUUGGGCAAGCGCCUGCAAGUACGCUGUAUCCGAGCAAUCAAGGAUGAAGACAGAAGGGAAUUUUUGCACUACUUCAGAAUAGUAACUGAUGCCAUCUGCUGGCUAUAUGCGGGACAUAGUCAUCUAGCAGGCAAUGUGCUUCAGAAUGAACACUUCUUGCAGUUGCUAAUGGCAGACAAUGUUGAGACUUCCACAGGAAUUAUGUCUGUGCUGCAGAAUAUUUUAAGAAUCAACAGGGGUGUGUUACUUCAAGUGGCUGAGAAGACCCUACACUGCAUCCUAGAUGAGCUUGUUUACAAGCUUUUGUCUACUGUCAAUCCUGUCAUAGGAAGCGCAGUUGUAAAACUGUUGCUGUCUGUUGCAGAAUCUGACUCCCAACUUGUAACCACAUUGACUACCCGCUACAAAGGGCUAGAAACUCUUCUCAGCAAGCAGUGGGCUGGCAGAGGCUUUGACACAAACCUUGAUCAACUUUUGGAUCUGCUGCGCUUGGAAAACAACAAGAGUGACAAAACACAGAGAUUACAUCGAGCAGUGUGCAUAAUCCAGGCUGCCUGGAGAGGAUUUCAAACCCGAAAAAGAUUAAAGCAGCUUCCAAAAGCUGUGACUACCUUGCAAAAGAAUUUCAGAGCUAAACGAGAACAAGAGUUGCAGCAAUUAAGAAAGCAGAAAGAAGAGGAGAACCUCCUCCAGCAGUUGCAGCUUCAGAGGCAGCGAGCUAUGAGGCAAUUUCAUGAACGUCAACUUACGCUGCUGGAAAUUGUCCAUGCAGGUCAAGUAGAUAAGCAUAUGCGUGAAAUGGAAGACAAAUCAGCUGUAACUAUUCAAAGACACUGGAGAGCAUUCAGGGCACGGAAAAAAUUUCUGCAGGAAAAACAAUCUCUUAAGCAGUACAGGGCAGCUGUCAUUAUUCAGAAAGUGGUGCUUAAAUUCUUGGAAAAGCAGAGGAAGAGAAAGGCCUAUUCUCUUUGCAAACCACCUAAAACCCUUUCAGAUGAGCAGAAGUUAUCAUUGCAGGAAAAAGUAAAAGACUACAUCAAACUGCACACGGCUUCAGAGAUGUCAGAAGAAAUGAGCCGGGAGCUUCAUCAGCAAGCCCAGGAAAAGCUGGCCCACUACGUGAUGAAAAGAAGCCUGGAUCGCAAGACUCAGCAGCACAGGGAGGCUUUGCUAGCCCAGAUCCACACAUAUGUGGAUCAGCUGAUGGAGCCAGUGUGGUGCAGUUCAGUGUGGAGCAGGUGGACUCUACUCUAG